ACACGCGCGAAAUGCCGGUGAUUCCCCUGGUCCCAUUUAACCUGCUCCGUAUAAAUACAAGGGAGAGGGAGCAGCUCAACGCACACCGAACAACGAACACUGUCAAGCUGCAACACACAAGCUGCCUGCGGCUGCAAUGGCGGAUCGGGUGAUCCAUUACCUCCUGCGCGGCAACCAGCUGCAGGGCCGCCGCCAAACCCUCGCCGUCGGCGUCGGCCACCACCACCGCCGCCGGCUGCUCCUCCUCGACUCCAGCCGCGUGUUCAUGUUACUCGCCGUCGUUAUCCUCGUGCACCUGCUCACUGCAGGCGCGGCCGCCGUCCAGGGCGCCGAGCCGUGCGUCCUCGUCGCCGCCUUCCUCCUGUGGCUGCUCGGCGCCGCGUUCGCCGUGCUGUCGCUCGCCGCCGGCCAGUUCCCCGUUCUUGCUGCCACCGCUGCCACCAUCGCGACCACGCUCCGCAGCUACCUGAUUGGAGGUCUCUAGCCCAGCUUUGGGUUUGGGGACAGUACUAGUUCUGAAUGUACUGUGCAGUACUUUCAUUCAUACUCUGAAAUCGCACUUAAUUUUGUCUCUACUAGAUUAUUGCUUAAAUAUAGCCGACUAGCCAUAUAUAUACUUUCUCAUCAAGUUUCAACUUUCAAGUCACCUGUUAUUGUACUGUA